CUUCAUCAACAAGAGAUGGAAGAAAAAGGAUCCAACACCAUUGGAAAGCCCACCUCUAUUNAAUUCUUGAACGGUAGGAGUAGUACGAGUUGUAUUCAUCUCCAAGUCCACGGAUAGUUUGUCUAUCAUCUGAUACCGACGGAACAAAUGAUUGUGCUUCUUGCUGCGGAACAACCAGAAAGAAAAAUACCAAGCGAAGAGUAGAGACUCAGAUUGGUUCACGCGUAGCAUCCUUUUGGCACUGCGCAUCCCGGCAUGGCAGGCAAGCGGCGUUCUGWAGUAGGCGAGAAUCGUCCGAAACGCAGCGCCAGCGGAAGCAAGAAAAAGAAAGUAUCGGCCGCAGGCMACAAGAAACAAACAUCUCUGUUAUCAUUCUGGGGCAAUCAAAAACUCAAAAAACAAGAGGAGCAUGGCACAAAACACAAUCCAAAACCGGCCAUCGCCCAGGACGCUAGAGAACGCACAAACCGGCCUCUCCCAUCACCAAAGCUUGGACCAACGGAUGACCCAAUCGUCCCGGCAGUUGACGGAAAUCCAAAUUCAAACCAAAAUAAUGUGAACRAUGCCCACAAAAGCGAAACAACAGAAGGUGUGACUUCCGCUCAGAAGCUGGUUGCAAAAACUCAAUUGGAAACAAUAGACACGACAAAAAUUGAAUCGCCAUCUAUGAUUGUAACCGUCACACCGAACAAAAAGGAAGGGGACGAAAUCGUUUGCCAUACCAUAGAAGAUGACGAUGACCACGACCACGAGGAAGCAACUCAACAAAAACCAACCAACCAAAACAUCGAAAGAUCAGGCGCUGAUGAGAAGAACGGGGAGAGCUGCACCGAGUCUCCUCCACCAAUCGCACCGAACGCAAGCAGCGRAGAAAGCAAACCGAAGCCCUGUCUUCCGAACGAGGACGGUUUGUCGGAAUACGAAAAACUCCGGUUGCGCAACAUCGAGCGCAACAAUGCACGACUUGCGGCACUCGGUCUGCUUGCGCCAUCGGAUGGUCUYUCCAAACCAAAGAAAACCGCCAGYACCCGCCGUGCUCGUCCCCCGCGAAAAACGCCCGCGGUUCACAAAACACGACAACAGCCCCUCCGGAGGUCCUCGCGAAACCGCAAUCCGUCCAAAGGCUCACGUCCGGCUCCACUGGACGACAACAGCGAUCUAAAUUUCGCAGCUAUCAAUGCGGAAACGAGCAACGCACCAGAGYUGGAGGAAGAGGAAGAACUAUAUACCGUGUCACCUCUGUUGCAGUACGAAAUGGAGCGCCACCUGGGCGAAGAAAAGCGCAAUUCUAACCCGAGUGGUUUGGAACCUACCGAURAAACCGCUUCGAUGGACACUCCURUAGGAACUCUUCCAAAGAAUAGCUCUGCGGUCAAAAAGAAAACACUGGCUGCCCCUCCCUCGUAUUCCACUUCUCUAGCAGUGAGCGGCACGCGCUUUCUCCCACCGAAAGGUCUCUCUGCCAUCUACUCUCUUGACUUUUGGAGGAACAAAAGAAGCAGUCGUUGGUUGGUGGGCGCCGGAAAGGCCGGCAUGAUUGCAUUGUGGGACACCAGCCAGGAGGUCGAUCCUUGCGAYGCGAAUGAUUGUGGGAACGAUCUUGCUGCGUUUGUGGAUCCCGUCCUGUCCUGGAAGGCCCACAGCGGUCGCUGGAUCGCCGACGCCAGGUUCGUGUCCGCACCAAAGACCGCCUCUGUAGAAACCAAGACAGAGAACGCUCCGUCCCGCCUCCUGACGGCCGGCAACGACGGGACCGUCUGCCUCUGGGAUCUUUCGGCGGUUUCGGCGUCGAAUGGAGCACCGAGACUGCUACAGAGGACCGGAAAAGAAUACCACGGCAGCGGGAUCUUCUGCAUGGACGCGGGGCUCCCGGACCGCGCCGGUUCCGACACGGUGAUCGCUACCGGCUCGAAGGACAAGACCGUUGCGGUGUCGACGCUCGGAUCCAUCGCUGGCGGYGGCGCUUCCGCCCUGCCCGUGUGGAGGUCCCGGUUCCACACCGCCAAGGUGGGGGCGGUGAGGCUCAAGGAUUCUUCCAGCCCCCUCCUGGCGUCGGCAUCGGACGACGGGAUCGUGGCCGUCCACGACCACCGGGYGGAGGGGUCMWCSCCGGUGGCCAGGAUCGGGGACGCCCACGACCGGCCGCACUCGGUGGUCUGGGACCCGUGCCACGAAUUCGUGCUGGUGACCGCGGGGCUSGACCCGGUCGUCAGGGUCUGGGACCGCCGGAACCUCUCCGCACCGGUGGCCUCCCUGGAGGGACACGUCCCGACCCGCUCGGGCAGGAUACGCAGGAUCCACCGCCCCUCGUUUUUCGGGCUCCCCCCGAGCUCUUCGUGUGCGAGCGAACGGUUUUUGCUGACCGGRGGCCAGGGAAGCUCGUUCGUGUCGGUGUACCGGCUGGGGUACCCGUGCGAUCCGCAACAGCCCGCGUCGUCCUCCCUCUUCAGCCGCGGGAGGCUUCCGGCGGACUGCGGCGAAUCGGGCUCSAUGGCGGUGAACGGCAGGGAAGUGGCCGUGGCUGUCGAUCAGGGGAACGUCAUCCUUCUGAAGCCGUCCGUUGCCCARGACGAGAGUGGCGCAAUCGAUUGAUCUCUGGCUGCAAUUCGAAACGGUUGUACGAGUGCAUCAGUAUCUUGGAUGGAAUGCAUGCUUCUUUGGUCAAGAAGGGCAUCGCUAUCAGCUGGUCAGCAAAGGSUUUGGAUGCUAUGGAAAAGAUCCCUAGGUCYAUUGCUACUAUAGCAAGCAGGGAGAAACGCUGUAAUAUUGGUGGAGAACCUGUUGAUUGAUGCUAUCAGUACAACAACAGCAACCAUCCAUCACCAUGCAACAUGCAACUGAAGACGGAAGAAACUCCAAUCUAGUAAAGUUUUGCCAUUUCUUCUGGAUGGACUUCAAGUUUCUAGUAAAUGYCCAUUGAUAUUCCUUUUCGACAUUGGUCAUAGUUAUGAAAGGAGGRUGUGACAUCACUCGCUGUGUCUGAAGUGUGUUCUCGCUCCAUAAUUUCGGGAACCCAAAUUUGUUGACAAGAACUCAAAUCCAUAAAAAUUUAUUCCUAGGUUUCGAAACUAUCUUCUAUUGUUGUCUUUGAUGCGCACAGAAGCAUGACUUUAUACUCUUUCUGUAGAGUUUUUGGAUUGAUUGCAAUCCGUGSAGAACUAUUUAAUACAAGUAGUUUUACUGCUAGUACUACGAGUAGUAAUAGGAGUCAUCAGUCUUGAAAAAUUCGGAUCCAUAGCCCGUCGCAAAUAAACACUACAAUAGUACCAGAAGUACUUCGCAGAUCUUGCUGCGAAUGCCUUGAUUCCGACACCAAUACGGGUAGUACUCGUACUCGUACGAUGGUCCCAAGUUCGCCACGUAGGGGUUCUUCAUUCUUCUUCCGUCAAGAUUUUGGACAGUUUUCUGUCACGAUCGAUCACGAGAAUCCAUGCGUCAUUUCAUUUUCCUCACACGGUGGCUGCAUGCGUCUCACGGAGAAAAAGGAAGCGGCAAAGAAAGCAUUCUUCUCGCUCUUCGGGCUGCUCUCCUCCCUGCAAUACGAACGACACCGUGCUACGUACUUCUAAUUGUAGGAAGUACAACGCGUCGAGCACCCUCGUAUCGAAUCUCCUCCAACCCUUUGGCAUCCUGUCGUUGAUUCCCUGGGAGUUUCGGUAGCGACGAUUGUUUCUCGUUGCCUGCAUUGUUAUCUUUGUUCUCCACCUGCCCCUUCCGACAGGUUCCGGGCCACGAUCGCCGGGAUCCCCACAAUUUCCGCCAACGCCUUGCGWCCGAAGCACCGCUGCGCCAAAGCCAUCGGCACCCCGCCGUUCUUUCGCUCCUUUUUCGUUUUUGUCCACCGACUGGCUGGACGGACCAACCCACAAGACCCUUUCGAGUGCCGCACCACAGCGCUGCCUCGAUCAUGACCCUUGCCACCAGGUUUUCGGGCGGCCUCCUCUUCUGCCUCCUCUUCUGCCUCCUCUGCUGCGCCCUGCCCCCCGCCGCGCACUCGUACGUCCCACCCCGCUCGCCGCUGGCCUUUGCCAAAGCGCCAACGCCCACCGCUGGGAACAAGAGCAGGAGCCGCCGGAAAAGCCCCCUCUCGGUCGGGGCGGGAGCGGACUACUUUGGGGAGCGGGAAGACCCCCCGGCACCCGCGGCGGACCCCUCGAUCGAGGCCGCCCUCGGCAACCCGCAGCACCUGCACGCCAGCGAGUACGAGCGGGACGCCGAGUUUUACCGGAAGCGCAACGAGGCCUACUCGAAGAGCCUYCUAAAGGCUGCCAAGGCGAACGAGGCCAACUCCGGCCCGGCCCCCUCCUCCUACGGGAUGCCGGGCGAGCUCCAGGGGGCUUCUCCCGCCUCMAAGGGCCAGGAAAACCCCCUCAAGGCCAGCUUCGACCACGUCGAGGCGUCGACCAAUUCCCUCCUCACGGGCCGGCCCCUGGUGGCCCUUGCGAUUUUUGGCGCGACCGGCAUGCUGGUGGCCUACCUCAGCGGGUUUUUCUUUCUGGAGGGCUACAUCGAAAACUGGAACCCCGCCGAGAACGACCAGAUCCCCUACUGGGACGACGCCGAGAUCCACACCAUCCAGCGCGCCGUCCAGUAGGUGGGGUCCCGCCGCGGACGGCUACCGCGGGAACCGCCGCGCUUUGCAGGGAUGUUCGCGCGCUACACCCGAGGCCGGGAACGAGGGARUCGUCCAACGUSGCCGCUUGCGGCCCGAGGUGCUGCGAAACCGGUGGCCAGGCCCCGGCUCGGCUGGGCUCGAUCCGAUCCGAUCCACCGAACAAAUACCAAUGCUUCUG